CACAUUUUGGGUAGGAGUAAUUAUCGUUCCCCAUGGCCCUCACUCCCCAUCUCUGGAAACCUUGGGACCUGGCUUAGGGAGGUGGGUACAGUGGUCCCUCAGUUCCUGAGGGAUCAUUAAAACGGGAUACAACUUUCUUGACUGUCUCACACAUUCCUGAACUUCUCCCGGUCCACUAGGCCCAUCGCAACCCACCUGGGGAACCCCAAGAGCGGCGAAAGCUUCUACAGUAUGGGAAUUUCGUGACGUUCCCUGCCUAGGCUUCGGGGAGGGAGGGGGGAGUACUGCAAGGGGCCAUCGCGCAAAUGCGGCCUUGGCCUCAGCGGAAACGACUGGCCUCACCUGGACGCGGGGACUUCAGGAGGAGGUGCACCGGGCAGGCUGGACGAAGCAAAUCCAUGUGUUCCAGCCAGCUUCUCUACCCAAUUCCGAGACUUGUGCCCCCUGCCGCCCCGCCCACUUGGGGGUGGGUGGGCACUUUUCUUCACUCCACUUUGACACUUUGCAGACGCUCCCCGGCGCCGGGCAUGGGCGCCGCCGCCGCCGUCGGUCCCUGGGCUGGAUUCCGCGCGCGGGUGGUGCCUCUGAGGCGCUCACCUGCUGGGCCUGGAGGAAGCCUCGUUAUGAAUGACCGAAGCAGCCGUAGGCGGACAAUGAAGAAGGACGAUGAGGCCUUCGAGAUCUUCCCCUUCGACGAGGCGCCCCACCUAGACUCACAGAUCUUUUACAGUCUGAGCCCCUCUCAGGGGAACUUCGAGGAGCCUCCAGAGGCCGCAUCCCCCACCUUGGCCCUGAUGAACGGUGUGAAAGCCCAGCUGCACAUGGCCCUAGAGAGGAAUUCCUGGUUACAGAAGCGGAUUGAGGACCUGGAGGAGGAGAGGGACUUCCUGCGGUGUCAGCUGGACAAAUUCAUUUCCUCUGCCCGGCUGGAUGCAGAGGACCACUGCCGUGUGAAACCUGGGACCCGGCGGGUUGACGGGGACAGCCGCGCUGGGGAUGGGGGAGAGGCCUCAGACCCUGAAUCACCAGCCUCCUCGCUCAGCGGGAUAUCCGAAGAAGGCAGCGCCAAUGAGAGGAAGAGGCAGAAGCAGAAGGGAAGUGCUGGUCGGAGGCGCUUUGGGAAGCCCAAGGCCCGGGAGAGGCAGCGGGUGAAGGACGCCGAUGGGGUCCUCUGCCGCUACAAGAAGAUCCUGGGCACCUUUCAGAAGCUGAAGAGCAUGUCGCGGGCCUUCGAGCACCACCGUGUGGACCGCAACACGGUGGCGCUGACCACGCCCAUCGCGGAGCUGCUCAUCGUGGCCCCGGAGAAGCUGGCCGAGGUGGGAGAGUUCGACCCGUCCAAGGAGCGCCUGCUCGAGUACUCGCGCCGCUGCUUCCUGGCGCUGGACGACGAGACGCUCAAGAAGGUGCAGGCCCUCAAGAAGAGCAAGCUGCUGCUGCCCAUCACCUACCGCUUCAAGCGGUGAUGUUGCCGCCCCUCCCCCGCAGACCGCUAGCCGCCGGGGCUGGGCUCCAGGGGCUCGGCCGGGGCCGGACGCUGCCCUUUCCGAGUCCCGGGCUCUGCCCCUGACCGUCCGGUGCCCGCCGUCUUCACCCCCGUAUUCCACGUGACACAUAGAAUUAUUCAGAGAAUUUAAAUUAAAGAGACGUGAAAAUUUGGAAUAAACUGGGUCUCAGCUCUUCCUGAAGCGGGACACGCCUUGAGGAGGCAGCCGUCAUCACGGAGUCCGGGAUGGGGACAGUCAGGCGGGAGCAGCG